CGGGAAUAGUUCUACUGAAAGGCAGAUGCAUUUUUACAAUAGUCUACACUGUAUUAUUACACUCCGUUUUGUUACGAGAUUUUCAAAUCAUUUCGAUAUUUGCUUGGAUCCGUGAAACGAAACAUCCCAGCAUGUCAACAUCGGAAAAUGAAAAGUGUAGCAUCGGCGAAGCUUUGGCCAUCUAUAGUGCCGCAUUGUCUACCAUCAACUUCAUUGCUCUCUUGGUCGUGACUGUUGGGGUGGCUGUAUUUCUAUGGAGACAUCGUAGGCAGGAAGGAAAGUCUUCAGAAAGGAUACACAGGAAGGAGAGCAGCAAUGGCUUUGCCAUUUCUGUCCAGGAACAAGAACCUGGCCCAGGGUUUGAAAGUUCCAUACCUCUCCUGACAAAUCAGAGAGAACCUGAAGAAGUUUCAAUCACUAUCCAACCAGCUCAGAUCGAAGAACCGCAGGUUCAAGAGAGACCCCGUGUGAAACAGAGUAAGACCCAAGCCAAGACGCCGGAGCAGCGAGGCAGUGACGAGAGAACUGCUCCCACGAUGGGGGCCACAUCAGGUAAGAUUAGACGCAGUCUUACUCUUAGCCUGCCCCGCGCCCCUCGCAGAAAACCAGUCAUCGAGCCCAAACCCAUCAAGGAGGCAAAGCCGGCUGGCCAUCACCAGAACAUGAAGAUGAUCACUAGUCAGCUAAGCAGUACCGAGAAAUUCCAGAGGCUUAGCAGUGAGAGCAGUGAGCUCCGACCAGACGCGGCGGAGCGGGAACCCCAGGAGCCACGUAGGGGAGCAGCUACGGUGCAGAAGCCCGGACGUGGACGAGGCAACGAAUACCAAAUGACCGUCCUGGUCAAGGAAUCGUCACGGGACACAGUAAGCAAGCAGGACAACUCCCCGUACUACCACAAAGUCAUGCAGGGAGCAUGCGAUGAUGCAGAGGGCGAGGAACAAGACGAAGGCUGCGGCUUGCGAGACACAAGAAGCAUGAGUACCCCAGCAUACGGCUUCCCGCUGAAGAAGACAACCGAGAAGAAAUCAGGCACAGUUAAGAAGCAGACAAAGCCCCAAAGUGACCCCAAGAAGACCUGGGAAACUGACGACUACGAACCUGUGCAGCAAGACCCGAUGUUGCUGAAACAGCACAGCGUGGUAGUAGCUGCUGAGGAGCAGGGACAAUACUCGAAACUCAACCGCAAGGAAAUGGUCAAAGAAAACACCGUAUUUGUACCACGUGAGGGUUACGAUCACCUCUCCGCCCCGGAAAAAGAAAACGUAGCUCCUGUGCUGUAUGGGUUGUUCCCUGAAAGUGAUACUAAUUAGAUCUUACACACCUAAGGGGCCAAGUUACAUGCGGCCAUUUGUAAUGUCAUGCCAAGGAAGCCUAGGGUAGAACAAAGUACAUUUAACAUAAAAAAAACCCCUAAUAAGUCUUUCGGAUUUAUUUUUGUUGUUUUAUUGGAUGCUCCUGUCUCGAGGAGUUAUAAUGUACAGCAUAGAAUCAUUUUGCUGUUUCUUUGUCAGAAAUGUAUGCUUAAAUAUUUCCCAAAUUACUCAAGAGAAGAUAAAAGAUGUAAAACUUGUCACACGCGGAUGUAUAUUGCUGUGAAUAAUAGCACAAAAGGAGUUAUUAAAGGGAGAAAACUCACUUCCACAAAACAAUUUUUCGAAAUUUCGAAAUUCGUCGGAAGGUACUGAGACUAAAGCAAUUCAUUGCAAAGGUGAGCUCCAACGAAUUAUUAAGGAAUAUGUGAUGAGAUGAUAUACUAAUACAUUUUCUCAAAAAAGUCUAUUUACUUUAAGGUAAUCUUGUGCUCCUUUUGACAAUAAGGCAUAACAUCAACAGAAAAAUAUGUACCGAUUUAGUUUAUUUUGGUGUACUCUUUAAAUAAUGAUUUAAACGAUAAUUUAUGUUGGUUUCCAAAAAUCUUAGCAACAUGUUUUGUUUAUUUAAAAAUGUUUUAAAUUUAAAAGAAAACUCUUCUAAAAAUCGUGAAGUUUCUAUCGGUGGUUUUGAAACCUUACAAUCUUCAGGAUUUGCUUUUACUUCAUUAAAUAAAUCACUCUCAACUGAAUGACUUAUGUAGUUACAGUUUCACAUUAAAGAAAAACACAACUGAUUAAAUGUACUGAUUUAGAGUCAUAUGCAAUGAUUAUUGAAUAUGCCCAAACCUCGAUCGUUAUAGUUUGUAUAGGAAUGUAUGGAGUUAGAAUUACAUGUACUUUUUUGUACUUGUGGAUAUUAUGCACAUUUUUUUUAUUACUACUAUGUAAGCUGUAAAAUAGCAAUCAGCGGUUUUUCGGUAAAAAGUAUAUUCUGUAAAGGGUUCAGAUAUGUAGUAACAAUAUCUUGUACAUGUAUGCAUGCUUUCACAGAUUGAAUACCAGAAUGCUAGCAGAGCAAUUUUUUUCUGUGUGAAUCGUGGCAAAUUAUAAGGGUAGUUUCUAAUAAAAUAUACAACCUCCUUUUGUUUUAUUGUA